CCCCGCAGAGACUGACAGUGAUAUCGCAGCUGUCCGAGUUCGGAAGGAGCGGGCGCGAGCUGCCGAAAGCUUGUCGCGUCAUCCGCUGACUCGAGCGCGUAAAGUGAAUGCAGUUCAAUUGAUCCUCACUUCAUCAGGCUGCAACAUCUCCAUCAACCUCAUUCCUUGCCCAGUUCAUCAACACCUACGCCAAAAGCGAUCCUACCUCCAACCUUUCAGUCUUGGAUGAACAAUAUCCAACAUGCCUGAAAUCGGUGAGAUCGCACGAGUAGUGCACUACAUCCGCAAACACCUCGUCGGCCGCACAAUCAAGACCUGCCAAGCCUUCGAAGAUGACAUUGUGUACGGCAAGGUGGGCUGCAGCGCGACCGCUUUCGCCAAAGCGACUGAAGGCCGGCGAGUGACGGGAGCGGCGCAGCAGGGGAAAUACUUCUGGGUGACGUUCGACAAGCCUCCGCAUGCGGUAAUGCACUUGGGCAUGACGGGGUGGGUGAAGUUCAAUGUCGAAGACACGGCGUAUUACAAGCAGGCAAAGGAAGAAGAGGGCAAAGAGCAGGAAUGGCCGCCGCGUUUCAUGAAGUUCAUGUGGAAGUGUGCAGCGGAGAAGGUGGACGGAGUGGACAAAGAAGUCGUAGAAGCGGCGUUCGUGGACGGCAGACGACUUGGACGCAUACGGCUGGUGGACUGCGAGGCGGACAAGAUACGACAAGCUAGUCCGCUGAAGGAGAACGGCCCGGAUCCCGUGCAGGAUAAGGACAUUGUGACGGUUGAGUGGCUGAAAGCGUUGAUGCAGAGGAAGAAGGUGCCCAUCAAAGCUCUGCUACUGGAUCAGGCGAACCUUUCCGGCGUGGGAAACUGGGUUGCGGACGAGGUGCUAUAUCAAGCACGAGUACACCCAGAGCAGUACUGCAAUACUUUCGGCGAUGAGCAGAUCAAGACGCUCCACGACGCGCUGAUUGGAGUGUGCACGCUUGCCGUCGAAACUCUGGCGGAUUCGAAGCAAUUCCCUGCGGACUGGAUUAUGAAGUAUCGCUGGGACAAGGGCAAGAAGGACGCCAAUGUCCUGCCGAAUGGGGAGAAGAUUGUGCAUUUGAAGGUGGGAGGCAGGACGAGCGCUAUUGUGCCGUCGAGACAGAAGAAGACGGGGGCUGUUGCGGCUGAUGUGGAGGACGAGGAUGCAGAUGAUGCACUUGAGGAGCCCGCGAAGGGCAAGAAGAGGAAGUCGAAGGUGGAGGAAGACGAGUCUGAGGCUGAGAAGCCUGCCAAGAAGGGCCGAGGGAGGAAGAGCACUGAGACCAACGGUGUGAAGGAGGAAGAGCCUGAUGAAGAGACGCCGGCGAAGAAGGGUCGGAGUGCAAAAGCCACGCCGACCAAGGCAGAGAAGCCCGCGACGCCGGGAUCGAGAAGGUCUGCGCGGACGAGGACGUGAAGAAGUUCUGCAGCUCAUGAGCUAUGAAUCACAUAGAACUGUACUUCCUUUAUUAGCUCACACCCAUUGCGAAGGAAAGAGGAAAGAAAGUACGGGGAUUGCGGAGAAGCUCGAUCAGAACCAAGAUUUGGGAAACUUUGGUACCUGCAUCCGACGAAUGUCAUUGCAUCAUGGACAUGUGCUUAGCGGGCUCACAACGAGUGCUUGGUACGGGGAACCUCGUCAUUGUAAUUCAAGAAUGGGGCAUCCAAGGCUUUUGAAAGUGUACAAGUAAGCUCGCG